AUACCACCACCACCGAUUUCGCAGCAUCUGCAUCUUUCAACAAGAAGAAAGGGAGGUUCUCGUUAAUCUCGAACCUUUUCAGGUCCAGAUCCGACAAAUUGAAUUUGGAUCCUAGGGUUGAUCCUUAUUGGGAUUCUUAGGAGGAGCCAUUGUCGCCUCCGUCCUCCUCUUGGUUCUCAACGAUCUUCUCCGGACGCCGGAAAAAGCAACAAUCGAGAACGUUCUACAUGGACAUGGAGGAACUAGCUGUCGGCGAACAGAGAUCUUGUAGGGUGGUCAACCGGGGAAUGUCGCCUGUUAGGAGUGAGAAUACCGAGGACGAGGGCGGUGAUCAAGCGACGUAUGGGAGCUUGCAAAAGGCGUCACCUCGGUGGCGAUGGUGGAGGACACUAGUGGCUUGCCGACGAGGGAAGGCGGCUUGUGAGCAGGGCAGAAAUGUGUCCAGAUUGGCGUUCUGUAUGAGUCCUCUGGUGAGGGCGAGCCCAAACCGGCACUGGAACCAGAAGGGAGGAUUUCCGCCAGAGAUAGAAUUUACCGGCGAGAUUCUAGCUCCUGUGAAGCCAUGCCUGGCUGCAGCGGUGCCGUUUUGCAAGAAUUGAUCUAGAAAACUUGCUGAUUUUGGCAUAGUACAUAACAACCGUUGAGAAUCGGUGAUAAAGAUGUGACCGAAAAUCCAGUAGGAUCAGGACGCGGUGAGGAAGAUGAUGAUGACCGGAAAUAAUUUAAGAAAAAAUUUUAUAUUAU